AUGUCCCACAAACGUACCAAUAAAUCGACAAAAGCGGAAAUCUAUUUGGAUCGAAUAUUUGCUUCAGGAACCUUCAAAAAUGUUUGGACGGGGCGCUAUACGGAAGGUAGAAGAAAGGGCCAACGAUGUGUCUCCAAGGAGUUCAAGACCGGCUCUGUGUUUGAGAAACACUUCUUCGAUGAAGAACUUCGAAUAAUCGAACGUACACAAGAGAUCAUUGAUGAUUUCCACGCCGCGAACAUCAUCUUAGGAAAGGACAUUAUUCUCAACACGCCCGAUGUUUGGACAUACACAGAAAGUAGACAUAAAUGUCUCAUCGAACCGAUGAUUGACAACUUUCAAAAGUUCAACAGCAACAGUGGAUGGGCUGCGUCUGAGAAUAUAUGGGAUGAUGCAAUGCAAGCUUUGAGUCACUUCUCCUACCACGACUCCAACCGACAAUUCCUGUUGUGUGAUCUCCAGGGAGGCUCGUACAGCAAUGGAUACAUCCUCUCAGACCCUGUCAUCAUGUCACAAUCUCAUGACUACGGGCCAGCGGAUUUGGGACCUAAUGGAAUCAACUCCUUCUUCCGGAGACAUCAUUGCGGACGAUUUUGCAAACGACAAUGGCUAAAACCUGCAAUCUAUGGGAGUGCUUUGAUUCCAAUGCGGCAAGGAACCACUAUGAUUUCACUCCCAACUCGUCAAAAUCGUAACCCUCUGUCGAGAGUACGUGAGUGA